AAAACAACUAUGGCGGCGUUACGCUUUGCGCGCGGAUAACCUUGGCUCGGUUCUGUUUUUGUUUUCUUGUUUUUUUUUCUCCCGCUCGAAAGUCAACAACAUGCGAAUACCUAGGUGGCGACGCGUCAGUUGUCGCCGCGCCGGAGUUCGCAGUUGAUUUUAUUUUUUUCGGGGAGGACUUGGAAGCGCAAUUAUGUGAGCUGUCUCACCGCGGAAGAGGAACGCACUCAACAAAAAAAAUAGACCGCCUAAAUCGAGCGCAUCAUUGUACGUGACACUUCGCAGCCAUGCAUCGGAAAUCGCAGACCAAAGGCAUGAAGAAGCACCUAGUCGUUUUUGACUUCGAUCACACCAUCAUCGAUGCAAACAGUGACCUCUAUAUUCGGAAGCUGGCACCGAACGGCGAACUUCCAUCAGAGAUUAAAGAACGCUACAGUCCGAAAGGCUGGACACCGUUCAUGCGUGCGGUGUUCCACUUCCUGUACGACUGCCAAGUGCAACCGGAUGACAUUCUGGACUGCCUGCUGGAGAUAAACUUUGUGGACGGCAUCAUUGACCUGCUCAAACAGCUGCACAAGGCGGGAGGCUACGAGGUUAUCAUAAUCUCCGACUCAAACUCUGUCUUCAUAGAGCACAUCAUGCAGGCGUCCGGGGUACGUCCACUAGUGCACGAGAUCUUCACCAACUUUGCCCACUUCGAUGCCAAUGGCUGCCUGCAGAUCAGCGAGUACCACUCGCAGAACUGGUGCCAGCUCAGCUCGGUCAACCUUUGCAAGGGCGCCAUUAUGGAGGAGUUCCUGGACCGGCGGCGGCGCCAGGGGGUCGACUUCGACCACGUCUCGUACGUGGGGGACGGCAACAACGACCUCUGCCCGUGCCUGCGGCUGCGCACCUCCGACCUGGUGUUUCCCCGCCUCGACUACCCGCUGGCCAAGCUGUUGAACAAGGACCCCGGUCGGGUCAAGGCCAAGGUGUCCCCCUGGAGGAGCGGGCUGGACAUUGCAGACGUGCUCCUCAACGACGGAGUGGCAGCCCCGGCGGCGACGUAGGCUCUUCCAAAAGACUCUCUCGCUCUUAAAAGGAAGGAAUGAAGCUAGACUAGGCAGCUCAGCCUCUGGAACCACUUCUUUUCUACUUUUUUUUUUUUUUUUUGGGGGGGGGGGGGGGGGGGGGGACAAAGUAUAGGAUAUAUAAAUGGUCUUGUCUAGAGAAAACCAUACAAGUGGGGGGGAAGGGGGGGAACCACCUGAUUGUGUUUUCUUUUUUUCCUCCAUCUUUUUAUUCUUUCGAUGGCACAGCCUGUCUACGGAUGUGCACUCCAUUUACGUUUUUCUCGAUUCUGAGGGCGAGCGUAUACAUGCUCAGCGUCGACGAUUUUGUGCUGUGUGGUCAGGACUAGCGUAGUGCUUUUAUGGUGCUGCUCCGCUGCCAGGGGCCUAUCCAGGAUUGUCAGUCAUGGUGGGGUGUCAUAUAUUUCUGAAAGAGGCCCCCAGGGGAGGAAGGAAGGUAUGGGGAGCGCAUGUUCGUGUGCUUCUAGCACGGGGUUUGCAACGAUGUCAGAACGCCGAGCUUUUAUUGACCGAUUGAAUAAAUAGUGGGUACACCUCAAGGCAUCUAGCAUUGAGGUCUACCCACUAUCCUUUCAAUCAAAGCUAUUUGGUGCUCGGCGGCGCCCUGACAUCACAGCAACUCCUGCACAAGAAGGAGACGACUUUCUCUCAGCAUACUAUAGGUUUGUGUACUUUGCGUAUGGAAUUCUGGCAGUGCUAGACUCAGCCUGGGCAGGGGUUUGUGUAAGUCAGAGAUUGCUGCGAGAACAUGUAGCCUCAUUUGGCGUCUCAUUCGCAUAUGCUCUCGUGCAAAGGCAAUGCUGAACGCAGCCAUGCUCUCACGCAGUUAGCAUUGACAGCAUUGGAGUGCUGUGCAAGCUAUGUCGGUCCAGACAACGAAGCACGAAAUAGUCGACGCCGAGCGUAGCUCUCGCAGCAGGAAUGCGUGCACGGCGAGACCUUCACCAAAGCUGGCAGCUUGCUUUUGCAGCUCUAGAUUGUGUAAAGAGGCCAAAUGUGACGGGCCAAUCUUUCUAGCAAAUAAAUUGUUAUUCUUUUUUUUUCUUUCUUAUCGUAAUUUGCAGGCUUCCGAAUGUGGUGACCUCAGGAAGUGGUGUUUUCUUGUGUAAGUUAAAGUGGCUUUUUUUAAAUUGAGGGGGAGGCGGCGGUCUCUGGUCGGGGUGGCAGGCAGCUCUGUGCAAUUAUUUUGUACAGUUAAGAGUGUUGUGAAUCUUGCGUCAAGGGCGAGAAACCCUUUCAGAAGGGUUUUUGCAAAUGGACGGGUGUUGGCUAUUUUUGUUUUAGUGUUGGUGUGUUUGACUUGCCUUUCAACAAAGGCUAUGAAUGUGUUUCCAAAGAGUUAAGUAUAUUUUCUUUGUUUUGUAAUCAAGGGGCAGCUUUUUUGUUUUCCUCGAGGCCAAAAUGGAUUUUCAUACAGUUCAGAAACUAACACGCAAGGAACCUUAAUUCUUCUUUCAUUGAAACACUGUCAGUGUCAUUUUUCUCUCCAGAAAUUUACUUUUCUUAAAAAAAAAAAGAAAGAAAACUGAUGUUUUGCAAAGCUUUUUACAGCUGCCACAUACGUUUAUUUUACCUUUUGCCUUUUUUUUUUUUGUGAAGACAGUGUCAUUAUGCCAAAGAACCGCUUGUUAACGAGCUUACUGAACCUUUUUUUUCUAAUAGUUUUGUUUAUUGUUGCCUAUGCAAUAGAAAUCCUUUUAGUGUACCAUGUAAUGUAGACUUAUUCGAUAGAAGUAUUUUGCCUCUUCAUAUCAGAUGCAAGUGGCAGGGAGGACAUUGGGGAUGCGAAAAGCACGUGUGUACCUUAACAGCAUUUCGCUAAUUGGAGACUUAGGGCUGCAUUGACUGCACCUUGCACAUCUUUACAUACAUACACACACCCUUUGCUCUAUGUUGGUUGUUAAAACAAAAUAGAAUUAUCGAGUUUGAAUCUCGCAUCUUGCGUGCAUUGCAUUGCUGCCUUAGUUUCUUGGGUGGUGUGUAGAAGCUAUACAUUCCCUAAUAAAAUUAAUCUGAGGGUCUGAAACAUAUGUUGCAUUGAAUUUAAGAUAUUAAUCCUGGAUUGUGCCUUUCCUGUUCCUCUUAGGAGCCUUUUCCUUUUUACGAUUCCAUGCUGCACCUAGCAGACAAUCUUUCCUUGCCAUUUGUGUUUUAAUUUUUUUUUUUAUUUUAAGGUGAUGCUUGAUGAAGUACAAACUUUUACGUAGUGUGGGUUUUGUGUGAUGCAGUUCUGUUUUUCCUCACUGCAGCUGGCAGCAGUUUCAAAAGUAUAUUGUUCCAAUGACUCCGAUUACGAUACCCCGCCGCCGCCUUUGCAGAGGGAUCAUAUCAAUAUCGGAAGUAUCAGAACAAUCUACUAAAACUAAUGUAAAGGUCGAGGGAUGGGGUGGGAACGUAUGGCGCGCACCCGUGUUUUCUGUGUUGUUCUUUGUCAGCCUCUGUUGACACUGCCCCUUUAAUUUAUUUUUAUACGAAAUCUAAAGCAUAUGCAUUACAUGAAAUAAAACUGCAUUUUUUUCUCA